GGUAGGCUGUCAAUUAGCUGCCAGACUGCUUGUCAAACGUUGCAAUGUUUACAUUAAUUUGCUUCUUAUCAUUGAAGAUGAGGAUUUAAAAUAACAGAUCAAUGUUAAUCAUUAGUAUUUUUUAACAGACAAGAAAAGUAAACUAUUGUGAUGUUUUUUAUGUACGAUUAUUUGCAAUUUGACCUAUUUUCGACGAAGUUUAUUUUUUCCGGCGUUUGGCACGGCCCCAAAUUGUCAUUCCUAGAUCCAACUUGUCCGCUUUUCAUCAUAAAUCAAAUUUGAUCAGUUACUUUGUAUCUAAUUUACUUAAGUUUAUCAUGUUCUGUAAACCUAUUAGAUCUAGUCUGUUUGCAUUUCGAAGCACGAGUACGAGUGUAAUGUUGCUAGCAUUUACGAUUAAACGAAGAUCUUGCUUUAUUUUGCUUGGUUUGAAUACAAAUGUUGCCGUUCAAGAACAAGACCGGUGUGUCACUUUUUGACCAUUGAAAAUGUCCAUGGUUCAAGGACUCCCACCUACUUACACUGAGUCCAAAUUGUUGAAUAAAGGAGGAAAUGCAACCUCCUCAGAUGUUCACAGUUCAGUGGAGUCUAUGGGGACAAUCACAAUACAGGAAAUUAAUGAUGCACAGUAUGAAGAGGAGAAGAAAAGAAUAUAUGGGCAUCCACUUUUUCCUCUGAUGGAGCUUCUAUUUGUGAAAUGUGAACAGGCAUCUCAGACAUCAGACUGUCCAAGUUCUGAUAGUUUUGAUGUAGACAUACAGACAUUUGUGCAGCGUCAGGAAAAAGAAAGAAAACCUUUCUUCAGUGACGAUGCAGAACUGGACAAUUUGAUGGUCAAAUCUAUACAGGUAUUACGGAUUCAUUUGUUAGAACUUGAAAAAGUGAAUGAGCUGUGUAAGGACUUUUGUAACAGAUACAUUAACUGCCUGAAGGGCAAACUACAAAGUGAGCAGCUGCUUCGUGUGGACACAGACUUUGAUGACUUCAGUGAACAUGGCUGCUCCCCACCCCUAAGUGGUGGUCAAGGAUCAGGUACAGCGGGAGUGGUGUCUAGCACAGGAAUGGUGAUCCAACAGUCAUCUUCGUCAAUGCCCACGUUGAAUCAGGUGUAUCAGAUGGUGCAGACACCGCAAGGAUUGGUGGCUCAGCCUAUACAGAUACAAACCACACCAUUACAGACUCCCAUUGUGUCCAGUCCAGUGAUACAGGGGAACACUACUCUGACUCAGUUGGGAAUAGUCAACAGCCAGUCAGCUCAGUCCUCAUCUGCCUUAGAUUCUGAUGAUGAUGAUCCACUUGGAAAGAAGAAAAGCAAGAGAGGGGUGCUUCCAAAACAGGCGACUCAGGUCAUGAAGUCCUGGUUAUUCCAACACAUUGUGCAUCCAUAUCCUACAGAAGAUGAGAAGAGACAAAUUGCCAGUCAAACAAAUCUGACAUUGUUACAAGUCAACAAUUGGUUCAUAAAUGCCAGAAGAAGAAUUCUGCAGCCAAUGUUAGAUGCCAGUAACCCAGAACCUACAAAGAAAGCAAAGUCGAAACCUCAAAAUCGUCCAUUACAGAGGUUUUGGCCAGAAAGUAUAGCCAACAUUCAGCCCCAGCUACCUUCAGGAAUGCAGGCCUCAGUCAAAUCUGAGGCAUCUACUACGGUCACGGACACAAUACAAACACAGCCUAUUGUCAUACCCAUAGUUACUGUGCCAGCCGAAAGUGAACAAGAGGCAUCAAGUGGCCAGGAUAGAAAAGAUAGUCAAGAUUUGAUUUCAUUAUCCAGCAACAGAGAGGCAAUAGACUCGUCCAAUGAGGCAGAUCCACAUUGACAAAGAGACAAGAGGAGAGAUGAGUUUUAAGCUGCCAAAGACAGUCAACCAGCUAUGUGUGUACAUGUUAUUGCUGAUAAAACAAGGUGUGAAACUCGAAAACAAACAAUGCAUCUUUGAAAGUACUGUUAUUUGAUUUGUAGUUUAGUUAAUGUGCCAAAUCAAAAUGGUUUUACUAGUUGUUUUCAGAAAUGGUGUACAAAUGAUGAAAUAAGUCAAAACUUCCAACACUUACUCAUGCAUAUUUUAAGCCAUGUAAUAUCUUGUACUAUCUAAAAUUUCAAUGUUUGGCAAAUGGAGGAAGUCUAGAACAAAUGUAUUUCCCCAGGAGGUACCAAACAAUUUUCUUUUUACCCCGUAGUCUGGGGCAUAUAGUGUUGCCUUUUCCCAUCAUUUUGUGAUAAAUCAGCUUCCAUUCAUUAUCUCUGCUACAGAUGACACAUAUUCAACUAAAAUUUGGUAUAUGUAAAUUCUUAUUUGGUUCUGAUUGAAAAAAAAUUGACAAAGUUUUAUCCCUUAGACUUAGAAAAUUUCAAACCAUUCAUAGUUUCUGGUCAUUAUCUCGAUCUGACAUGCAUGGACAUUUUGAACUUUUUGAAAUUCAGGAUAUAGAUAUGUCACAAGAAUUCGCAGGUCAAGAUGUCAAAAAAAAAUUGGCAGAGUUAUGUCCCUUGGACUUUUAAAAUUUCAUUUGUGUUACUUUUAUACAUUUAGUUAAGAGGUGUUAUUCUGCAAAGUCAAACAGAUUCUUCUGUAUCAUAAUACUAGUGUAGAUGCUGUAUAAAGUGAUAUUUCAUACAUUUGUGUUAUAUCUAUUUUGUGUUGAAGCUCAUACUUGUCAAAGGGUUUUUAUGAACAGACAUUUUAUGCACUUAUACAUAGAAGGUUUGAACUGUUUAUCAAUAAUUUAAUGUACUCUUGCAAAAAAGGUACAGCUGGAAGUUUGAAAUGGCUUAAGCAUCAUUAGAUUAUGGUGUUCAUUUUAUGUUUUUAAAAAUGUUUUAAAAAGGUUUUGCUCUUAUAUGGUUUCAUGAGUCUGAAUGUACGAGUUUCUCUGUCCUGUUUUAUUUUACUGUAGAUCAGGGUUUUUUUAACAAGAGUGUUCAGUGAGAGAACAAACUCAAAAAAGAAUUGGUCCUCGCAAUGUUUUCUCUCAUUUAGGUUUUAAUAUUAGUACCCUAUCAUGCACAAAUAUUCUUCUAGUGUACAUAUUCACAAUGUUGAUUGAACAAAAAUAGAUUCUGUCAAAAGUUUCUAGAUUUACAGUGUGCAUCCUAUGGAUUUACAGUAUGCACAGUAAAUUUUACCUUGUUUAUGUUGGACUUGAAUAUAAAGUAAAUAAUGUAUUUGUCAUUAAAAGGAUGUUAUAUUUGUAUUUUCUGGAGAAAAGAAAGAUUAGGAGCCAAAGUAACAGUAUUUAAAUUAAAAGCAUUAUCGUUUUUAUCCAUAUUGUGAGCACAUCAUUGAAAGAUGAGUUAGCAUUUGAAAGCAUUUAAGCCAUUGAAACAUGCUGUUUACAAAAGCAUGAUUAAGCUAUCCAUGUGAAUAAGCGAGUGUUUGUAAACCAAAUUUCAUUAUGUUAAUAUGUAAAUAGAAAUAGCAGUAGAUUGUUGCUUCAUGUCGAUGCCACAUUUUGAUUAUGCGAUAUCUGGUGCUUAGCUUUGAUACGCUGUAUAUUUUUCCCCAUUUUGUACUUUUACGUACACUGUUCUGUUAAAGAAGAAAGAAAAAUAAUAAAAAAAACAAGAGGAGUAUUUUAAA